AAAGAUAGAUAUAUUCAGUCGCGCACACACACAUAUAUAUUUAUAUAUUUGCCUUCCUUCUUUUAUAUAUUUCUAUAUAUAACUUCCAAGGUUGGAAAUUAAAAACGCCAAGCUUGGCACAAAAACUCACGGUUACUAUACUAUUCAUCACCUGGGCGGCUUUUUUUUAGACUCCUCUACUACUUAAAACUCGCUCUAUCUCACCACUAUAAUUGCACCCUCCCCACUUUCUUAACGUUGGUUCUUCAAUUCCAUCCAUCUUUCUCUCUCUCUCUUCUCUCUCCGGUUUCAAAUUUCGAAACGUUUUUAUUGGUAGGGUUGCUGGUGUUGUGCUGCUACGGAUCGAGAUGAUGAUGAUGGAAGCUGCAGAUCAUCAAGAUCAGGAGGAAGCUGUUUUAGGUUAUAAGGAUCAGGCUCAGAUGAUGAUCAUCAAGGGAAAACGCACAAAACGGCAACGUUUGACUUCCCCACUUUCUGCCAUAGCCACAACAGCUUCAAGCUCAUCAAGUGCAGGCCAUGAUCAUGAUCAUCUUCAAGACCAAGGCCUUUUGGGUCCCAGACAAAGGAUUAGUACUGAUGUUGGUCCCACAGCCUCACCAGCCACCUCAUCUGAUCAAUUCACAGAGAUCAGUACGGAGGAAGAGGAGGACAUGGCAAACUGUUUGAUUCUUCUGGCGCAAGGCAAUUCUACCCCAAAACCCCAAAACCCUAAUUUGGUUAACAACAAUAAGGCGGCUUCAGCAGCAGCUUCGGCCGGGUUAUAUUUGUAUCAGUGCAAGACGUGUGACCGGUGCUUCCCGUCGUUUCAAGCGCUUGGUGGACAUAGAGCCAGUCACAGGAAACCGGGUAAGCAGGCUAACAUUCACAGCACAAUUCAAGACAAUAAGAAAGCGUUGUCAUUCUUGGAAGAAGUGGAGGAAUUUGAUCAGUUUAACAACACCAGCACCACGUUGUCAUUACAAAUUUCGAAUAGGGCUUUCAGGGCAUUGAACAGUGAUACUACUAGUCCUUGUUAUUACAAAAACAAAGCCAAUAAGGUUCAUGAGUGUUCGGUGUGUGGUGCGGAGUUCGCAUCUGGUCAAGCUCUAGGGGGUCAUAUGAGAAGGCAUAGAACAUUAAGCAGCACAGCAGCAACAACAGCAGCAGCAGAAGCCAUGAAUAGUCAUCCUCAGUCGCAAUCGGGAUCAAAGAGACCACGAAAUGUUUUGCAGUUGGAUCUUAAUCUUCCUGCGCCGGAAGAAGAGCACCAGCAGGAAACCAAUAAGUUUCCCUUUGGAGCCAAGAAGGAACAAGUCAUCGUCUUCUCUGCCUCUCCUUUGGUGGGUUGCCAAUACUAAAACACAACUAGCUAGAAACCCACAAUAUCAAUGCUACCCAAUUAAUUGUUUAACAUUAUUUGUUGCUCAUUCAAUAUUCAUUGUUGAUUCUUUUAUACAUGUCUAAAUUUAAUCAAUUAGUUGAAAUUGAUCAAUUCUUUAAGGGAAUUAA